UUGGCUAUAAGACCGCUCUAAGUUUCAGUUUUAAGGUGCUUUAUUGGCAAGACAAACAAUUGUACAUUUGUAUUGUCAAAUCAAUGGCAGCUUAGCUGCAUACAAAGUAAAUAGUGCCGAAACAAAAACAGUGCAAAGCAGCGUACAUAAAACAAGAGAAAUGGCACAAGACAGAAUAUAGAUUUCCCAAAUGACAAAUGACUUUUAAUGGCAAAUACACACAGACAGAAUGUAUGACAGCUUUAAAUUGUAUUGUUCUUGUACAUAUUGACUACAUCAUUCAAACGUUCACCGUGUAGGUGAACAAAACAAAAGCCAAUUAGAGUUGGCAAAGCUGUAGCCUUAAUGGUGAUUUAAGAAAGCAUUUUGUACAAGGAAAACGUUCUUAAACUUUCUAAUAGAGCAAAUGAACAUCUCAACGACUAUAGAGCAGAAUAUGGCACUUAACAGCGUUCCACAGGGUGGACAGAUGGGUGUUUUGUACAUCAUGUCCAACUACAUAGAAACAAAACAAAAACAACUUUUAAUGAAACAUGUUGGAAGGAAGUGAACACAGUCAGAAACAGUGACAUCAUCAAAACACGAAUGACUCACCAGAUCGUCAACAUCUGAAGCUGCCUGCUAGAUUUAUGAAACGUUUCGAUCAAUUCAUUGAAAAUAAAUGAUUCACUCACAAAACGAACAUCGCUAAGGCUGGCAAGCAUGUUUUUUGCACUACACAUGCAAGGGGUGUGAAUCUUUGGGUUGAAAAUGAAUCAAUUACACUCACGAUUCAUGGGUUUGAUCGCAUAAUUCAGAACGAUUUCAUAAAAAAAAAAAAUUUGUCCUAAAUUUGUGAGCAUAUAAUUCUGGAUCUGUUCACCCCAUCUCCCUCCAAAUCAUCUCAUUUUAUUCCACUAGGUGACAGGAAGCACUAGAAAAAAACGUUUUCCUCUAUCACCUUCCGUCACAAUAUACAGAUGUGAACUGUAGGGGGCGCUCUAACACAUUUUAGCCCUCACAGAUGAGCUCGUCCAUAGACAUUCAGUCUAAUGUUCAGUUCAGUUCAUGCACCACCCCCAUUUUCUCAUCAAAUAUCUCGGCAUCUGAGUGGACUACAAGCUCAGUCUAGGAGUCAUUAGAAAGCUGAGAUCCUCCCUUUUGUUAUGAUAUAUAACAUUUUUAGCAUUAAUAGUCAAAAACAUAUAUUUCUGAUGAUUUGUUUAGCAUGUUUUACCUGUGGGACUGCAUAUUUUGUUCUGGACAUAUCAGAUAUAACAUUGGAUUAUUCAGCCAAUCAAGCUCACAGACAGGUAAAAAUGGCUAAUUUUUUAGAGAACUUCCUAAGGUAACAGCUGCAAUAAAGCAGAUAUUUUUAGCUAUUUGGGGCUUCCAGCAGCAGUUUCCGGAGCAUAAAAGAGACAUUUGUAUUUGAUGUCUUACAAAUAUCAUAUUUCACUAUGUGAUUCUUUUGAAAAUCUUUUAAUUGUAAAUCUUUUAGUCACGUUCCUGAGAAUGAGAGCUUUAAUUUGAUAUAUGAUUUGUCUAUUUAAGUGCUAUUUUAAAGACUUGUAUAUUCAUAUUCAUAUUUCUACCAAAUAACCACUAGGUGGCGCUUAUUUGCGACGUGGAGCUUUUAAGGCCUUACUUUGUCAUUUUUAGUACCAUAAAUGCAGAAGUGAUGGUCAUCUUUGAAAAGUUCAGAUUCUAAGCUUUCAAAACGAUACCACAUAUGCCUGACUUAUGCAUACGGGUGCUUGAGUUUUUAAAGUGUAAACUACUUUCACGAUAUAGCGACCACUCCGGUGGGUCCACAGAGUUGAGGAGGUUCAAUCAUUUCCCUAAUGUGUCUUAGGCAAGAAAAAGAAGAGAUUGUUUUAUUGCACCAAAAGUAACUUGAAAGAAAAUACAUUAAAUACAGUUUUGUACAUAAAGGCUACUUGCAUUAUAACAAAAAGUGCAACGUGCUGAUACAAUAUUUUAGAGCAGGGUAUAACUAUGAAAAUAUUCCAGAUUUCAUUACAGAAAUUCCAUGAUUGUUUUAAGAUUUUAUUAAUUUGCAUGACUUUUCCAGUCCUGGAACUCAUUAGACAGUACGAGAGCAGACCAUCUGCUGGGUUGCUAUGGCACAUUUAUCAUGUAUAUUUUUAUAUAUAAAAAUGUGCUACACUAAACACUUCAGUUCCAAUAUACUUAGUCUUCUCUAACUUUAGCGCAUACAUUCUGCUAGUAGCCCAACAGGUUGCUAAUCUGCAACCAAAACUGUAAGUGGUACCUGGUUUGCACCUUGUUUGGAAACGGUGCUGCCGUCCACUUCAUCUGAAAACAACAGCAUACGUUGAAGCUAUGAUGACUUCAGCUCCACAUAAACAGAUGGCCGCUUGUACUCAUGUUCGGUUACCUUGUACGAGAUUCCAGAAUUCCGGAUUCAUUACGGUCCGGAAUGCUCCUCUUCAGAGACUGCAAGUUACUGCUGAACAGCUUUACAUUUCCAGUCUGAGUAAAAUAAGGUGAUGAUUACAUAUUUUCGAUUAAUUUAGCAGAUAUGAAUUUUGUCUUCUUUAACACACCUCGGAUCUUUAGUGACCUGGAACCUCAUCCCACCCCCAGUACCUCAUCCAUUUUUUGGAGUUGUGCCAACACCUCUUUAGUAUUCCUCAAUCUCUUUCUUAUAAAUAGUGUAACACCAAAAAAAUGCCAAAAUAAUAAAAAAUUUUAUAAUGUCUAGAAUACCAAAUAUGUAGAGGGUCAUUAGAGACCCUAGGUCUUUUAUUUGCACCAUAUCUUAUAUUUUUAUGAUUAUUUCAUAUAAGUUACUCUUCACAGGAUAUCUAUGUCUUUGUUUAUUAAAAGAUAAAUUAGUACUAUAUUCAUACAAAUAAAUACUAUAUCAUGUUGAUUUUCUGUGCAACAAUGAAUUAUCAGUAUUUUAUAUGCAUGCAUGUUAUUUCUUACUCAAGGUGACGCUGUUGUGUCAGUGAUUGAUUUACAUUGGACAUUGAUAUUUGAUGAAGAAACCAUGUGGAAGUAAACUAUAGCAAGUUUAACACAUGAACAGUAUUAUAUGACUAUUGUCAUUUGGGUGUACAACUGAAGUUGUGCCUCUAUUUAGACAGAAAAUACAUAUGUGUAACAUUGAUUUCCUCUUUUGGAAAGUUGUUGAGAGGUAUUAGUUGAUUUUGCUCUUUUCUUUUGAUGUUUAAGCAAACUGGAACACAAAAAUACUAUUUGUUGUGAUCUCUUGGAAAUGGCCAUGGGUCCAUUCUCAGGGUCCGUUCCUACUGAACUUGUCUUUUUGCUAAAAAUAAAAAAGCUAGGUGCAGCACCAUAAAUAAGCAUGCUUACAAAUGAAAACGAUUGAAAAACAGUGCUCACAGUUGCAAAAUACGUUAGCUGUGAACAGCCCCUUAUUCAGAACCAGUUCCAUUUUUAAAAACAAACUGGAGCAAAAUUAUAUUCAUGACGUUCAGCUCUGUUAACGGCUCUGAAAAAACAAAAACAAAUAAAUAAUAGACAAAACAUAUUUUUGAUGCACUGCUCUCGCUGGUCGCAUGCCACAAUGUGAUGACAGCACGAUAAGUGAAGUACGAUUCGUGAAAGAAUGGCUCAGUUCUUUAAAUGAAUCAGUCACUCAUGAAUCUGCUUCACUCAGAAUCAGAACAAGAAUUGUUCAAAUCUGUACAAUUACUAGGCCUAUUUGCUGGCAUGCAACCAAGAAUAAAUGACUUUGGAUCUGUUUUAGAGGGAAGAAAAUCCUUCAGCAAACACACUGAACCUUUUUAUAAGUUAGGGUCAAUUUGACCUGUUUUCAGUUAUUUUUGAGCUGCCUGAAACACUUGUUAAACUAUUAAACUAUUUAUUUAUUUCCCUUUUCUCCCAAUGUGGAAUGCCCAAUUCCCACUACUUAAGUAGGUUCUCGUGGUGGCGCGGUUACUCACCUCAAUCCGGGUGGUUGAGGACAAGUCUCAGUUGCCUCCGCUUCUGAGAGCGUCAAUCUGCGCAUCUGAUCACGUGACUCGUUGUGCAUGACACCGCGGAGACUCACAGCAUGUGGAGGCUCAUGCUACUCUCCACGAUCCACACACAACUCACCACACGCCCCAUUGAGAGAACCACUAAUCACCACCACGAGGAGGUUACCCCAUGUGACUCUACCCUCCCUAGCAACCGGGCCAAUUUGGUUGGGAGACCUGACUGGAGUCACUCAGCACACCCUGGAUUCAAACUCACGACUCCAGGGGUGCUAGUCAGCGUCAAUACUCGCUGAGAUGCCCAGACUCCAUAUUUUAUUCUUCUUUAAAUAUAUAGAACGAAAAUGUUAGUGGGUCAAUUUGACCUGAAUACUUUGAUGUUUAAAGAGGCUAUAUGUAAGAUUGACAACAAGCGUUUGAAAUGGGUACUGCAGUCCAAAUUCAAAAUAUGGGAGAGUUGUCUGUCCCGCCCCAGACUCGAAGAUCAUGCGGGUUGCCAUCCAUUUGAAAGGAUUUCUGGCCUUUACGCUGUCUCUAUCUUCCAAAGGCAUCUCCAAUAUUUAUCCUUGUUUUACUACACCUCUGGUCAUGGUGGUUUAUAGACGGAUGAUGAGGCUUUUGAUGUCGGGUGGAAUCUGUGAUCUUUCAUGGCUGCAGCACCUGUUCAAAUCUGGCAACCCGGCGGUGUCGAAAUACUAUUGGGAAACGGGCAGUGGGCGAGAUCACGCGGGCCAAAACAUAAAACAGAAAUUCAGAAAUGUUAAACAGUUUAAACUUCACAUGUUCUCAUAUUUCUGAUAUUUCUCUCAGUCUCUGACAAGCCACAUUAGAUACAAUUUUAAAUUUAAAUAACAAAUUAAAUAACAUUUGAAAAAGUUGAAAACUAUUCCUCUUAAAAUUAAUUGACAGACACAAUUUCUGAAAAUGUUCAAUGAAGUUAUAAAAUGUUUAAAAAAAUAUUUAAGUUUAAUUUAUAAUCACAAUUUGUGAAAAUGAAAGUUUUAAAUCAAAUUAGAACAUUUUUCAAAAAUGCUAAACAUUGUUUAAACUUCAUUUGUCCUCAUAUUUUUUAAUGUCUCUGACAAGCCACAAUAAAAGGAUUUCUGUUUUUUCCUGAUUAUUUGCUGCUUUUCCUAGCAAAGAUUUUUGGGGAAUUGCAUUGAAACCAAUUAGGGUCAAUAUGACCUCUGCCCUAAAGGGUGUAGCUAUUUAUUUGUUGUUUUGUUUUACAUAAUAGGCGGGUUAAAGAACACUCAGACUCCAGCUAAGUGAAGUAUACAUCAGUUCGGUCUGUCUCUAGCUGUAGUGUGUGUUUUCUUACAGACUGAGAAACAAUUGAUCCUUCUGUGAUCCUGGACUGAAUGUGGAAGUUUAAUUGAGCACUUACUUUCACAGACUGCUCCCUGAACGCCUGGAUACAGGCGAUGCUCUUCAUGUGGUACUCUGGGCUCCUGUUGCCCAGCAACUGCUCGAUCCUGUAGGUCAGCUGCUGGCACGCUGGCAAGGUUACAAAACAAAGACUGUCAACAACUGCAGUUAAUACCUUGAUACAAGAUGGUCCAUAAUCAAUUAUAAACCCACAUUGAGCAUAUAGUGGAUGUUUCACAUUAAAAAGUAUUUGACACCUUAUUAACCUUUAAAAAGGCAUUGAAGACCAUUACAUACCAGGAAAUGCAAUACAUUGGAGCAGCAAUAAUAACGACAAAAGCUCAUGAUUAAAUAUUUUGACAUUGACAACCCUACCAACAGGGAUCCCAACUUCCUACACCUUUUGACCAAUUCACUUUCAAUACUUUUUUGUUCGUUCACGAUUACCAUGAAAUAUAUAUACAUAUUAAAUACAUUUAAAGGGAUAGUUCACCCAAAAAUGUAAAUUCAGUCAUUGUUUACUCACCCCUGUGCUGUUCUAACUCUAUAUGACUUUGUCUUGUUCUGAACACAAAGGGAGAAACUGUGAAUAAAUGUUGUGCUCAGUGAUGUCAUACAAUGGCAGUUUAUGGUGACCACCUCUUCAAGCUUCAAAAGCACACAGAAUUAUCAUUCAGAAGUCUAAUUAAUUAUUCAUGAGACUCAUUAAUGUUAUGAAAGCAUACGAUAAGAUUUGAUGAGAAACAAACUGAAAUAUAAUGUGUUAUUUAGUGUAAAUGUUCACUGACCGUUGAUCUCCCGUGUGCGUUCAUGAUGGGACACGAGAGCAACAGUUCACGCAGCACCCUCGCAAAAACAAAACCUAUGAUUAACAUAGAAAAUAUACAUUUUAUCGCAUGUCGUUUGCUGUCAUGGUGUGACUGUGACUUCCUGUAGCCUCCUCUAUGUUUCUGUUUGAUUUACAAGCACUGUGUUAAAAAAUUAAAAAUAAGGCUGAGCAUAGAAAUGCAUCAAUUCUUCGACUACAAACUCUUCAGACAUGUUUAGUAAGUUCUGUUCUCUGUUUGGGACUAAACAGCUGUGUGGCCACAAGAUUGUUGUGUGUCGAGUUGCAUUGUUGCUUAGCAAAGAUUAACAGCUACAAAACAAACACCCAUUAAUUGUAGUUCUUGACUUGUUUGAGGUGCAUCCCACUCUGUAUUUUCACAUUAAUCCAUGUUUCUUUUUUGCUCUCGCAUGUACAGUAUAUAUGUAAAGCAGUCCUGCCCACUAAUAGCAAUGCAGACAUACAUUACAUUACAGCGGUAUAGCCAAAAUUCAUUACAUCACACAUUUCUACUAUUGCACGGUACAUACCGUUAUUCCGCCCUGCCCUACAUCACACAGUCGCAGGAAGUCACGUAGCACUUCUCAUCGAUUGUUGAUUUGAUCCAUUCUCACCUUCUGCCGAACACGUCUGCACUUGUCUUCUGCUCUUUCCGUUUUGUCACCUCUUUCAGCGGGAUCUUCAUCUUGAUGUCCUGCAGAGGGGCCUGGCAGCGGGCGGCCACAGCCUGAGGGCGCUCUAGAACUCUCUUCAGCCAGGGCUCAACGGACGGCAGGGGACCAUCAGGAUUCACAACAUGCUUAAGUAUAGAGACUCGAGAACUUGCUCAGAGGAAGGAUGACAUCAUACAGCAAAUGCAAAUUUGUGAGUCCAACAUUGAGCAGAAAAAGGAUUACAUCAACACAACUCAGAAGACCAUCAGGACACUCGACGAGGAGAUUCAGGCAAAACAAAACACUGUGAAGUUUAUCAAAGAAAAUGCAAAGAAUCUCCAGCACACAGGAGAUCUCUUACUUCAGUAUGAAAAGACUUUGGAAACCGAGCUCGAGAAGAGACAGGACAGCUAUAACGAAGACAUGAAAAUGUUCCAGGAGAGAAUCGACGGCUACAUGAACGUGUUUCAGCAGUAUAAGGACCGAUACUGCCUAAACUCACUGGCACAAAAACUGCUCAAGAUUCAAGCCGAGAAUGAGGAAAUUGAGGGAAGAAUCAGGGUAACUGAGGGGCAAAUAAUGGAGAAAGAGAGAGAACUGACAGGCGCAAUGGGUGAGGAUGACCCACUCUCCCUCAUUGAUGGUGCUGAAAGUAGCUACAGAAAUAGCACUUGUCGAGACAACGAAGCCCAACAAACUGACCGUAAUGAGUCAUAUGAGGAAGUGGAUCGCCAUCAAGUCCCCAGAAUACAGAGGCCUGAAGAAAACGCAGAUGAUCACAACAUAAUUGAAGAGCUUUCACUGUCUGAAGAGAAUAAGACUAAAACAGCAAACACGAAAGACUUGAGUGAAUCUCAGUCAGACACAUUUCAUCACGGCUUAUGGACAAAGCCAGAAAAUGGAGGAGAUCAAAUGCAUGACGCUGAUCAGAAUGAGGCGGUGAACGAACUGCAGGAGGGAACUAUGAAUGUCUCCUGUGACUCUGAGUUCAUGGUGGAGAUGAUUGAGGAGAAGGAUGGAGAUGAUCUGGAGAAGACUAGAGCAGGUGCGGUGGAGGACACCAUUAGUGAUGGUGCCAUCUGCCCUCCUUUCUCACCAGCGAGAAUGAAAGCUGUGCUGACCACCCCAACAUUCUCCUUAAACAACAGUCCCAUCUCCUCACCUGGACGUCAAGAGAGUUCAGAGACCAAGUCACCUGCUUUUGUCUUCUCUGUGAAUUCUGCUCCAAGCACACAUGUGUUCCCCAGGCUGGGCUGUGACUUUGACGUGCGGUCAAGAGGAAGAGGUGAACCUCACAAACUAGUAAAAAGUUUGAUGCACUUUCAAGAUUGUUUAAAUCAACGAGUUUAAUCGCUUCAUUUGUGUGUGUGUGUGUUUUGUAGGCAUCUCCAUUUACAUUCACAAGCUCCUAUUUCAGCGACAAGGAGUCGCCAGGAUCGGGACCCAAGUUCUCAGGUUUCCUGUUUGACGAAGCCGCGAGUCGUCAAGAAGAGUUUUCGUUCUCGUUCGGCACGGAAAGCCCACAUCAGCGCUCUUCUCCACAGGAGAACUCGGGACCUGUAGAGUCCUUUCCCUUUAAAUUCAGCUUUGGAAAAUUAUAACCUCAGCACCGUCAAUCCAGAAAUGUUCACAAUAGAUUCGGUUAAAGCUUGUAGUUUAUGGGAAUUACAUAUUGAUAAGACAAUUCAAUAGUUUCAUAUCAAUUGCAAUAUUUAAUAUAAGACGGGUGUGUUAAUUAUUUGAAUAAUUCUUGUAUUUUUUCCCACAAGUAGUUUGUUAGGUUAGAGGAUCUCAUUAAAAUGAACUUAUUUAUGUUGGACCUACAGUAUGAGUACGUUUAUGCUAGAGUUUAUGCAUUAAAAUGUUACAUAGAAGAAAAGUAUAGAGGAAUGUUUCAAAUGUUUUGCAUGUUAAAUGUUUAUGGCAUUAUUUUACCACUAUGCUAAAAGUAAAGUUUCACAGAAAGCUUCUAAAGUGUCUAUAUCGGUUUGUUUUUCUUGUUUAUAAUAAAACAAGAAAAUCUAUUUUUAAUAUACUUUAAUCUAUACCUCUAUAUAUGUGUGUUUGUUUAUUAUAUGGCAGGAUAACGUCCUUUAAAUUACACACACACGAUUGUGACUUGUCAUAAAGCAUAAAAGUAAUCCAUAAGACUCAAGUGGUUUAAUCCAUGUCUUCAGAAGCGAUAUGAUAAGUCUGAGUGAGAAACAGGUCAAUAUUUAAGUAUUUUUUUACUGUAAAUCUCCACUGUAACUUUCACAUUCUGAAAGUGAAAGUGGAGAUUUAGUGUAAAAAAGAUUUGGAUAUUGAUCUGUUUCUCACUCAAAGUGAUUGUAUUGCUUCAGAAGACCACUGGAGUCGUAUGGAUUAAUUUGAAGCAACAAAAAGCACAUAAAGACAGCAUAAAGGUUCUGGUCACCAUUCACUUGCAUUGUGUGGAGCUACAGAGCUGAGAUAUUCUUCUAAUAAUCUUCAUUUGUGUUCAGCAGAAGAUUGAGAGCCACACAUUUGGGAUGGCAUGAAAGUGAGCAAAUGAUGAGAGAAUUUAAAUUUGUGAUAUCUAAAUUGAUCAUCUCUGAAUAAUUGAUCGCACAUUUAAAGUGCCGAUCAGAAAAAUAACGAUUGCAUAUU